AAAACCACGAGGUCUCCAGUGUUGACAGGCCCAGAACACCGAUCACAUCACCGCAGGGCAGCGCUCUCAGUCCGGCUUCUCUUUGCUCAGCUCUCGGUCGGUACUAUCUGCUCCCCGGUGCACCUGGAAGCACAACACGGUCGGUUUUAUAAAGCUUUUCUCGGUGUUAAAACCUCACAAAGGAUUAAUUCCUCCAUCCGGUCCUUUAGCUAUCUAACCAGACCGACUCCUCCUCUCUUUAAUUUGUCAACAAAGGGGUUUGACAAGCCCCGGAGAAGCCCUGCCCACAUGGCUCCAUAAAAGGAUGAUUUGGCCAAUACGCGGCCAACAAUCAACAAAAAAAGCUUCCCUUCCACGGUCCGCGUUCAUACGGUGCGUUGACUUCCUCCAGCGGAGCUAUGAUGGCGGAGCGCGGACAGCAGCACCCGGCCAAGCGGCUCUGCUGUCGGCCGGGAUACAGCGCGGUUUGUCGGGGAGGCCAGCGGGCCGCGGGGGCUCAGUCCUCCGGCGGUGGAGGCUCCGGAGCCUCCGGGGGCGCCGCGACCAGGAACCCGGAGACCCUGCUGGACAUCGCGGCUAGAAAAGUCGCGGAGAAGUGGCCGUUUCAACGCGUAGAGGAGCGAUUCGAGAGGAUCCCGGAGCCUGUUCAGAGACGGAUCGUUUACUGGUCGUUCCCGAGGAGUGAACGGGAGAUUUGCAUGUAUUCAUCUUUCAAUACAAGUGGCGGAGAGGAGGUGGGAAGUAGCGGGGAGAGCGGCGACGAAACGCGGCUACCGUUCCGACGAGGUGUCGCUCUGCUGGAGCUCGGCUGCGUGGACAACGUGCUGCAAGUCGGGUUUCACCUCAGCGGCACAGUCAGGGAACCGGCCACGUCCUCGGAGCCCGAGCUGGUCUGCAACGUGAGCGUCAGCUUCGACCGCUGCAAAAUCACCGCGGUAACGUGCAGCUGCGGCAACAAAGACAUCUUCUACUGCGCCCACGUGGUGGCGCUCUCGCUGUACCGGGUACGGAAGCCCGAGCAGGUCAAACUGCGCCUGCCCAUCUCAGAGACUCUCUUCCAGAUGAACAGAGAUCAGCUGCAGAAGUUUGUUCAGUACCUGAUCACGGUGCAUCACACCGAGGUGCUGCCGACGGCGCAGAAGCUGGCCGAUGAGAUACUGUCGCAGAACUCCGAGAUCAACCAGGUCCACGGAGCUCCAGACCCGACGGCGGGCGCCAGCGUGGACGAUGAGAACUGCUGGCAUCUGGACGAGGAGCAGGUUCAGGAGCAGGUCAAGCUCUUUCUCUCCCAGGGCGGCUACCACGGCUCGGGGAAGCAGCUCAACUUACUGUUCAGCAAGGUGAGAGAGAUGCUGAAGAUGAGGGACUCCAACGGAGCGCGCAUGUUAACGCUGAUCACAGAGCAGUUCAUGGGCGACCCCAGACUGGCGCUGUGGAGGCAACAGGGAACCACCAUGACUGACAAGUACAGGCAGCUGUGGGACGAGCUAGGAGCCCUGUGGAUGUGCAUCGUGCUGAACCCCCACUAUAAACCCGAGCAGAAGGGUUUCUGGCUUCGACAGCUUCGCAGGUGGAACAGCGUGGACGUCUGCCCCUUGGAGGACGGUAACCAUGGCAGCGAGCUGACCAAUCUGACCAACGCUCUGCCCCAGGGCCCUGCUGGCCACCCAGAUUCACUCACUCGUCCUCACCGGACGGUGUUCACGCGAGCCAUCGAGGCCUGCGACCUGCACUGGCAAGACCCCCACCUGCAACACAUCAUCACCGAGGACCACUACACCAACUACUGUUACCAUGACAACCUCGACAGCUCCCUCUUCGACACCCGAGGGUGGCCCCUGUGGCACGAGCACGUCCCAACGGCGUGCGCCCGAGUGGACGCGCUGAGAUCACACGGUUACCCAAAGGAAGCACUCAGGCUCGCCAUCGCUAUAGUCAACACGCUGCGGAGGCAACAGCAGAAACAGCUGGAGUUCUUCCGCACUCACAAAAAAGAGCUGCUCCAUAAAGGCAUCACAUCAGUCACCAACCUGGAGGGCUGGGUGGGCCACCCUCUGGACCCCAUCGGCACGCUGUUCAGCACCCUCAUGGAGACGGGGCGGGGCAACGAGGACGGAGCCGCCGUCCUGCUCGACUUCUCCGGCUCGCUGGUUUCAGGUCGGAGGACGGAGCAUCCGGUGUUCCCGGCGCAGCGUUUCCUGGAGGAGGGCGAGUCAUUCGCGUCGCUGGCCGUGGAGACGGCUCUGAUUGGUUUAGGGCAGCAGCGGGUGAUGCCGGACGGCCUGUACGCUCAGGAGAAGGUGUGUCGCAACGAAGAGCAGCUAUUGGCCAAGCUUCAAGAGGUCGAUCUAGACGACAUGUCGGUGAAGAUCUUCCGGAAACAAGCCGCUUUCCUGCUAGAUGCGGGUCCUUACAGCGGUCUGGGGGAGUUACUCUACAGAGAAAGCGUCCCCAUGCACACUUUUGCCAAGUAUCUCUUCACCUCCCUGCUACCUCAUGACGCCGAACUGGCGUACAAAAUUGCACUGAGGGCCAUGCGGUUGCCGGUCCUGGAGUCCACGGCCCCCUCCGGCGGCGACUUGUCUCGGCCUCACCACAUCGUGUCCGUGGUGCCCAACCGCCUCCCCCGCUGGUUCACGCUCAGCCACAUAGAGACCCAACAGUGUGAACUGGCCUCCACCAUGCUCACUGCUGCUAAAGGUGAUGCUCGUAAGCUAGAAACAGUGUUAGAGUCCAUCCAGAAGAACAUCCACUCCUCGUCCCACAUCUUCAAACUGGCCCAGGAUGCCUUCAAAAUCGCCACUCUGAUGGACAGCCUGCCGGACAUCACGCUGCUCAAAGUGUCCCUGGAGCUGGGUCUUCAGGUGAUGAGGAUGACGCUGUCUACCUUGAACUGGCGGAGGAGAGAGAUGGUGCGAUGGCUGGUCACUUGUGCUACUGAAGCUGGUGUGUUUGCGCUGGACAGCAUCAUGCAGAGCUGGUACACCCUCUUCACCCCCACCGAAGCCACCAGCGUCGUGGCGAGCACCGUCAUGUCCAACAGCACCAUCGUCCGCCUGCAUCUGGACUGCCAUCAGCAGGAGAACCUGGCCAACUCCGCCCGCACCCUGGCCCUGCAGUGUGCCAUGAAGGACCCCCAAAACUGUGCCCUCUCGGCGCUGACGCUCUGCGAGAAGGACCACAUUGCCUUCGAGACAGCCUAUCAGAUUGUACUGGACGCCGCCGCCACGGGAAUGAACUACACGCAGCUGUUUACGAUAGCACGCUACAUGGAGCACCGUGGUUACCCCAUGAGGGCGUACAAACUAGCAACGUUAGCCAUGACUCACCUGAACCUCAGCUACAACCAGGACACGCACCCGGCGAUCAACGACGUGCUGUGGGCGUGUGCGCUCAGCCACUCGUUGGGGAAAAACGAACUGGCGUCCGUCAUCCCCCUGGUGGUGAAGAGCGUGAAGUGCGCCACCGUCUUGUCGGACAUUUUGCGGCGGUGCACGUUGACGACGCCGGGCAUGGUGGCGCUGCACAGUCGCAGGAACUCUGGGAAGCUGAUGCCUCUGGACAAGGCGCCGCUCAGGCAGCUGCUGGACGCCACGAUCGGGGCGUACAUCAACACGACGCACUCUCGGCUGACGCACAUCAGCCCACGCCACUACAGCGAGUUCAUCGAGUUCCUCAGUAAAGCCAGAGAGACGUUCCUGAUGGCGCACGACGGACACAUCCAGUUCACGCAGUUCAUAGACAACCUGAAACAGAUAUACAAGGGCAAGAAGAAACUCAUGAUGCUCGUUCGAGAAAGAUUUGGUUGAUCAAACGACCAAAUUUCUUUUUUUUACAUCCUUUCUAACUUGAAGUGAAAAUCCUCUUAAAAUCAUGCAAAUCUUAUUCCCGUGAUUUUGCGCGGUCGAAUGUGAUAAUUUCCUGAAGGCAAACACUGCGGAAAAAGUCACAGUCGUACCGAACAAGAUCAGACUAACUGGACGUCCCAGGAAUAAGAUUAAAUGUUUAAGGGUCAAUUUUCUCCUAAAAAUGACAAGUUUGAAAUUGAAGAAAAUUCCACUGUAAAACAUAAAGCAAACAGCUGGUAUUGGCGUGUAUAAAACCAUUAAGUUUGCGUGUUUCCCUUUAUAUAUGUAUGAAAGCGAGAGAGAGUUUUACACUGAGUAUAUUAUACUGUAUUGUCCAGUGGCAAAAUGUCCACCUUGCACUCCUCCUACUUCCCUCAGCUAAUGUUCAACAGCCUCAAAGAAAAGACAAACGGCUUUAAACCAAAUGGAAAAAAAACUCCAUCUGAAGUGACAAGUACCUCUUUUAUUAAAGGAUCCAGCUUUACUCUUCCCGCCCUCCUCCUCCGAGUCCUCGCCCAUCUGAUCUGUGAAGAGAUAAAUUCACAUUUUACUGGGUUCGAUAUUUGUUUGGCUUUUGCAGUGUUCAAACAUUCUUUUUUUUUUUUACUGUCGCAGAAACACAAACUUGUGGAAACUGUCAAACAUUCUCAGGGAUUUCUCUUUAAAAAAAAAAAAACUAAACAAAAAACAAAAAGAGAACAAAAGCAUUUUAUUGUCCUGUAUAUAUGAAAGUAUAUGUCUGAAAAAAAAAAUGUAUAUGUUAACUAAUUUAUGACAGAAUAUUCUAUGUAAGGCACAAUACUUGAAGCUGCAGUACUUUUUGGUUUUUGAAAAACAAAAAAAACAUAUCAGAAGGACUUCAAAAAAGCAUUGCAUCGGGGCCAAUUCACAACAGAAGUGGCUCUGCAGACAUGUAAUGAACUGCAGAAAAACCAAGACAGGAAGUGGACAUGCACCAGUGUGUAUUCUCCCUGAACACAGACGCGUAUUGAGGAUUGUAGGAGUGAAGAGAAAGAGACGACUGUGGAGGGACGAAAUACAGCUGCGAUAUUCAAAGUGAAAUCUGCAGCGAUUCAGUGACAAAAUGUUCUGUUUUAUGUCCAACGCCUCUUCUUCUGACAUCCCGACUUUGUGCAGGACAGAAAGUUGCUCUUUACUGUCGAUCUCGACUGUUCCAUUUUUAUUUCUCUCUAGAAUUCCUCACACAAGAACAGCCUUCUUUCUUGCCUUGUCUUAAUGCUUUAAAAUAACCAAAUGGGAGUUCUAACUACCAAACUUUUCUCAUACACCAAUACGACUUUUGGUUUUCUUUUUCUUUUAGCCGAACUGUAUUCUGUGCUUUAAAAGCUCCAUUUCAUCUGUUUUUUUUAUCAGUGUCGUCUCCUCUUAGUAGCUCUUUUUUUUUGUUGAGAAAUAUGCUCCCUUUUUAUUUAUUACGUUAGGUAAAAUGAUUGUACAACCAUGUCAACAUGCUCAUGAAGUUGAAAAUAAGAUUUGAUACACUGAUCGAUUUAUUUAUGUAACUAAAAUCACUGUUUUAUAAACUUGUUAAUGAAUCAACAUUUUGUUUUAAUUAAAUUUGUUUUUUGAGAGGA